CUGUCCCCUUCUUAAUCAAUACGGAGGCUACCCACUCCACAUUACCUUCUUUUCAAGGGCCUGUUUCCCUUGCCUCCAUAACUGUUGUGGGUAUUGACGGCCAGGCUUCUAAACCUCUUAAAACUCCCCAACUCUGGUGCCAACUUAGACAAUACUCUUUUAAGCACUCCUUUUUAUUUAUCCCCACCUGCCCAGUUCCCUUAUUAGGCUGAGACAUUUUAACCAAAUUAUCUGCUUCCCUGACUAUUCCUGGACCAUAGCCACAUCUCAUUGAUGCCCUUCUUCCCAAUCCAAAGCCUCCUUUGCGUCCUCCUCUUGUAUUGCCCCAUCUUAACCCACAAGUAUAAGAUACCUCUACUCCCUCCUUGGCGACCAAUCAUGCACCCCUUACCAUCUCAUUAAAACCUAAUCACCCUUACCCGGCUCAAUGCCAAUAUCCCAUCCCACAGCAUGCUUUGAAAGGAUUAAAGCCUGUUAACACUUGCCUUCACUUAGACUGACCCUGACACCCAUUAGGCUCAGCAAAUUACCUGGGCUGUACUGCCGCAAGGCUUCACAGACAGCCCCCAUUACUUCAGUCAAGCCCAAAUUUCAUCCUCAUCUGUUAGUCAUACUCCUAUUCACCGUUCUCAACUACUCAUACAUGCCCUGCUCUUGUUUACACUGCUGGUUUACACUGUUUCUCCAAGCCAUCACAGCUGAUAUCUCCUGGUGCUAUCCCCAAACUGCCACUCUAAACUCUUGAAGUAAAUAAAUAAUCUUUGCUGGCAGGACUAUGCUGAAUCUCCUUAGGCACUCUCUAAUUAGAUGUCCUAGGUCCUCCCAAUUCUUAGUCCUUUUAUACCUGUUUUUCUCCUUCUCUUAUUCCAUUUAGUUUCUCAAUUCAUCCAAAACCGUAUCCAGGCCAACCAAUCAUUCUAUAUGACAGAUGUUUCUUCUAACAUCCCCACAAUAUCACCCCUUACCACAAGACCUCCCUUCAGCUUAAUCUCUCCCACUCUAGGUUCCCACGCCGCCCCAAUCCCGCUUGAAGCAGCCCUGAGAAACAUCGCCCAUUCUCUGUCCAUAUCACCCCCCAAAAAUUUUUGCCACCCCAACACUUCACUAUUUUGUUUUAUUUUUCUUAUUAAUAUAAGAAGGCAGGAAUGCCAGGCCUCUGAGCCCAAGCCAAGCCAUUGCAUCCCCUGUGACUUGCACGUAUAUGCCCAGAUGGCCUAAAGUAACUGAAGAUCACAAAAGAAGUGAAUAUGCCCUGCCCCACCUUAACUGAUGACAUUCCACCACAAAAGAAGUGUAAAUGGCCGGUCCUUGCCUUAAGUGAUGACAUUACCUUGUGAAAGUCCUUUUCCUGGCUCAUCCUGGCUCAAAAACACCCCCACUGAGCACCUUUCGAGCCCCCACUCCUGCCCACCAGAGAACAAACCCCCUUUGAGUGUAAUUUUCCUUUACCUACCCAAAUCCUAUAAAACGGCCCCACCCUUAUCUCCCUUCCCUGACUCUCUUUUCGGACUCAGCCCGCCUGCACCCAGGUGAAAUAAAGAGCCACAUUGCUCAAAAAAAAAAAAAAAAAAAACAAUUAGUGCAAUUAGUGAUUCAGGAGGGACUCAUAAAUUAUGAUGGGCAUUGGCAAUAGUUGUACAUGGAGGCUGGAAAAUAUUUCUCAAUAUUAAUCAAUUUAUUUUACUCUUAAAUCUUAAUUUAUGUUGGUCUAGACAUAUGCUGGAAAUGUGAUACUUUUUUUACAUUGUCAUCCAUAUGAACCUUGUAAGAUAGAAUUGCAUGUAAUUUUACUUUUAUAAACAUUUUUAAUGUUUAAUACUUUUUUAAUUAAAAGGUUAAGUAUAUGCUUUAAAUACUGUCAGUUUAAAUUUGAUAUUAAUUAUACCACACAUGUUGUCUUUUAAUUUUGAUAGAUAACAUUGUAUAAAAUAUUUCAUGUUUUUUGAAAAUAUAAAAUAUGUAAUAUUUUUAACAUUUACUUUAGAUUAUAUUUUUUGUGAAAAUAUUUUCAAAAUUUCUAGACUUUGAAUACAAUUAUAUUUUGUUUUUUAAUCUUUUAGAUCAGGGUUCAGCAAACCUUUCUGUAAAAGACCAGAGAGUAAAUAUUUCAGGUUUUGUAGACCAUAUAGUUCCUAUCACAACUAUUCAGCCUUGCUAUUGUAGCAUGAAAGUGCCAUAUACACUUUAUAAACAAAUGAGCAUCAUUGUGUUCUAAUAAAACUUUAUUUACAAAAGUAGGUGGUAGGCCGGAUGCAGUGGCUCACGCCUGUAAUUCCAGCACUUUGGGAGGCCAAGGCGGGCAGAUCAUGAGGUCAGGAGAUCGAGACUAUCCUGGCUAAAACAGUGAAACCCCAUCUCUACUAAAAAUAUAAAAAAUUAGCUGGGUGUGGUGGUGGGCGCCUGUAGUCCCAGCUACUCGGGAGGCUGAGGCAGGAGAAUGGCGUGAACCUGGGAGGUGGAGCUUGUGGUUAGCCGAGAUCGAGCCACUGCACUCCAGCCUGGGCGACAAAGCAAAACUCCAUCUCAAAAAAAAAAAAAGAAGCAGGUGGUAGGACAGAUUUGGUCCAUAGGCUAUAGUUUGCCAACUCCCACUUUAGAUUAUUUAUAAUGAGAGAACCUCCACUUCUAGUCAUGAGGGACAACUAGAUUUAUCAUCUCACUUUGAACAACUAGAAUACUGAGUAAAAUAUAUGAAAAAUAGUUUUUAGACAUUGGAUAACGGACAGCAUAAGAUAAUGAUCCUUGAGAGAAAGGAAAGAAAUACAGUAAGCCCUACAAUUGCUCCAGCUUAAUGCUGGAUAGAAAAUUGGCAGGCCGCAGCCCAAAGAGGAGGAAACUCCAAAAGACCAGUGUUCUCAAUGAGUUGAUAUGUCAUAGUUUGGAGUUCAGGGAGGCAGCAAAAUAUUGGAGAAGAUAUUGCUGCACAGAGGGAAAUUGGGGAAGAAUGAAUGAGAGCUACGAAGAUCUGUAAAAAUGUCUUCAGGAGUCUUUAGCUAAUGUGUGGUUUGUGUAUGGUGUAUGUAUGUAAAAGAGUUACCCAAUUAGGAAAAGAACACCCAGAAAGGAGCAGGCAGUACAGGCUGUCCCCAGUGCUAACACAGGGCUGGGGAUAUUUCAUGUUUCCAGCAGCCAGAGGGCAAAAAUCUCCAAAUUCAGAGAGCAUUAAGUAGAGUCCUCAAAAGACUACAUUCCUGGUUGCAAAGGCAUUGCCCUAAAUUAUAAAGUCUGCUUCACUCAUGCUAACAAAGCCAGUGUCAGAGGAAUCCAAUUCCAAGUAACUCAACUAUACCCUAAAACAAAGUUCAACUGUAUGUAAAGGACUUAACAAAUCCAACUCCCAUUAAAGUAAAAUUUACAAUGCUCAGAAUCCACUCAAAAGUUACCAAACAUGCAAAAGACAUAGGAAAAUAGGACCCAUAAAGAGUAGAAAUAUAAUUGACAAGACCAGACCCAGAAAUGACACAAAUGAUAGAAUUAUCAGAAAAGGAGAUAAAACACUUACUAUAAAUGUACUCCAUAUGCUCAAGAAUGUAGAGGAAAAGAUGAAUGUGAUGAGGAAAGAAAUGUAGAUAUGAAAAAGAAACAAAUUCGACUUCUACAAAUGAAAGUAUAAUAUCUGAAGUGAUAAAUAUACUGGAAGGGAUUAACUGUAGAUAAGAUACUACCAAAGGAAAUACCAAUAAGCUUGAAGGCAGACUUAGAAACUAUUAGAAAUAAGACAGAGGAAAAGACUAAAAAGUAAAUGAGCAAAGCUUCAGGGAACUGUGUGAUAAUAUUAAACAGUCAAACACAUCUAGAGAUGUAGUCCCAGAAGAGAUUAGGAAGGAGGGAAUGGUAAUAGAAAAAUGUUAAAAGAAAUAAAAUCUGAAACUUUUUCAAAUUUGAUGAAAAUGAUAAAAUCAUGGAUUCACAAAGCUCAAAAAAAACCUUGUAAAAGAGACAAGAAGAAAAUCACACCAAAGCACAUUAUUAUCAAAUUUCUAGAAAAUAGUGAUAGUAAAUCUUAAAAGCUUCCAGAGAAAAAGAAGAAGCAUUAUGCACAGAGGAAUAAAAUUAAGAAUGACCACAGUCUUCUCUUCAGAAAUUAUGCAAGCCAGAAUAGAGCAACAUCUUUACAGUUCUUAAAGAAAAAAUAUAUCAACUUAGAAUUCUAUACCCAGCAAAAAUAUAUUUCAAAAAGAAGACACAAUACUUUUUCAGACAGACAAAAGCCAAGAGAGUAUUUCCAGGGGAUGUGUAAUAUAAGAAAUAUUAAUGAAAGUAGUGUAAAGAAUGAGAGAGAGGAAAUAUAAGGAUACUGUUAUAAUAUCCCUACACUGUACUUUAAGUGGAUUGUAAUAUUAUUUGAAGGUAAACUGUAAUAUGUUAAAUAAAGAUGUGUAUUUUUAAUCCUAGAGAAACUGCUAUGAAAACAAAAAGCAAAACAAAGUGGUAUUACUAACAAGCCAAUAAUGGAGAUAAAAUGGGCAAUAGAAAACAACAACAAAAAUUCAAUCCAAAAGAAGGAAGGAAAAGCUUAAAAGUGAGAAAAAGAACAUAUGGGCAGUUAGAAAACAAAUAAUAAAGUGGUAGAUAUAAACUGAGCCAUACUGACAAUUACAUUAAAUUUAAUGACCUAAACACUCUAAUAAAGCAAAGAUUGUCAGACAGAAUAAAAUACAAGGUCCAACUAUAUGCUCUGUACAAGAAACUCACUUUAAUAUAAUAACAUGAAUAAGUUAAAUUAAAAGAUGCAAUAAAAGACAUAUUAUGCUAACACUAAUUAAAAAAACAGAAAUGAUUAUCAGAGAAAGUUGAUUUAGGAGUAAGGAAUAAUGCAAAGGAUACAGAGGAACAUUUUAAAAUAAAGGGGUCAAUUCAUCAAGACGACAUAAUAAUCCUAAAUAUGAUGCACCUAAUACUAAAGUUCUAAAAUAUAUAAGGCAAAAACUGAUAGAACUGAAAUGGGAGAUAGGCAAAUCUAAAAUUAUACUAGGGAUUUCAGCUCUUCUGUCUUGAUAGUUGAUAGAACAAAUAGACCAUCAGAAAGGAUACAGAAAAUUUCAAACACUUUCAAUCAGCUUAACCUAUUUGAUAUUUAUAAAACAGUCCAACCAACAAAAGUAGAACAUUAUUAUUUCAAGUUCACAAGGAACUGUCACCAAGAUAAACCAUAUUCUAAGCCAUAAAAUAAGUCUCAAUAAAUUUAAACUACAUUCUUUAACCACAACAGAUUCAAAUAUGAAAUCAGUAACAGAAAGGCAUCUGGAAAAUCCCUGAUCAUUUGGAAAUUAAACAACAUUUAGAUCAUUUUUGUCAAUUGAAUGAAAAUGAUGAGAAAGACUUAUAGAUCAGAGCUCGUUGUUAUUAGACGGAGUCACUUCUGAUAUUCUUAAUUUAUUUUUAUAUUGUUUUCCCGAAGCUCAGCAUUAAAUAUUUAAAGAUUUUUUGAGACUAGUCAAAAUUCUACUUUCCAGAUAGAUUGAGCAUAAUGUUAUGAAACAAGUGUUAUUCCUUUCGUAUAUUAUAUAUUAUCAUAUGUCUUUUCUCUCUCUUUCUCUUUCUCUUUCUCUCUCUCUCUCUCUCUCAGAUAGGGAGGGAAAAGACCCUCUGUGGAGCAUGCUGACUGAGUUUAUUUCAACUUAUUAAUACUAGACUAAGUGACCAAACAUACAGCUGAGCUGGUAUAUAAUGAGACCUUACAUGUUUACAGAGUGCCUGUUUUUGACAUUUAGGGAUUCACCCAGCUGCCUGCAGAGAAAUGAUUAAAGAUAAGACUCAACAUCUUGUAUUACUUUGUGUGGAACAUAUUAAUUUAUUCCAAGUCAACACAUAUUUAUUAAGCAACUACUAUUGUUGUAUAGACAGCAAUCAGUAAUCAGUGUUUAUUUCACACUCUGAAGAGACUUUUAAUCAUGUAAGUACAUAGUCAAAUAUAAGACAGAACAAGAAAGGUGUCUUAAAUAAGGUAGGUACAAAGUGUUGUGGGAAUCCAGAAGAUUAUGGCUCCUUGGGGGAGAUCUGGGCCUUAAAGGACAAGUAGUCUUUAGUCCUUGCACAGAAAGGUUCUUGAGGAAAAGGACGCAACAGUUGAUGUUUCAGAGAAAGCAUCAUCAAUAAACACACACACACACAAGUGCUAGCUGUAUUAAGGGAAUACUAAAUCACUUACUUUAUCUGGAGUUCAGAUUCCUUCACACUAUAUUUAGAGCAACAGUGGGAUAAGAUUGGAAAGGUAUAUUGGGGGCUUAUUCAAGAGGAACUUAGAAUAUGGAACUGGGUAUUUGUAAUUCAAAGGACAUUGUUAAUGUAGAGAUGUUCACAUUAGUUUACCAGAGCUAUCACUAUUCUAGGGAAUAUACACUAACCAAAUGCCCCCAAUCUCUCUUCACAUAUAAUUUUGUCAUCUAUAAUGGAUAUAUAUCAUUUAAUUAUAUGGCUGUACCAACAUAUAUGUAAUCAUUCACCUGUCGUUGAACCUAUAGGUUGUUUCUAAUAUUCUGCUUUGCAAUAAUAUUAUAACACUCUUCUUUUGCUAAUUUUUUUUAUUGCUUCUAUAGGCUAGAAUCUUAGAUAUUAAACUGAUAGGAUAAGAUAUAAAAUAAUUUAAGAUUGCUGAUAUAUGUUUUAAAAUUAAUUUGCUCAAGCAUUUGUGACAAUUUACAGUUCUAAUUGAGGUUUUAAAUUUAGUAGUUUGUAGGUAUUUUAAGUUUUGCCCCUGAAUUCUUUAUAGAUGCUGAUAAGCCUUUGGUAAGUUUUACUCCAUGAAAGACUAUUACUGAAAAAAACUUAAUCUCAAUAAAAGAACUUUAAUAAGCUUCACUAAAUAUUUAGAAAGCACAUUGUGUUCAGUGAAACUUUGUAUAUAAUGAAUAGAAUAAUAAAAGAUUAUAUUGGAUGACUAGUCUGUAAUUGCCUCAAGGAAAGCAUACAAUGAAUAAGUUAUUUUGGUACUUCCUCAAAAUAGCCAACACAAUAGGGAAAUGGAGAAAAUGUACUCUGAACACCAUGAAAAGGGAACCUGAAAAUCUAAUGUGUAAACUUGGAGAAAUGACAUUAGAAAACGGAAGCAACAAAAGAGAACACUCUCCAAAAUAAUCUGAGAUGCAUGAAAGGCAAACAUUCACUAGAGCUGGAAUUUCCGUAAGUCUAUGCAGGGAUAAGUAGCAUAUUUGACCUUCACCAUGAUUAUCAAGCACUUCUUUGGAAUUUUGUUGGUGCUGCUGGCCUCUACCACUAUCUUCUCUCUAGAUUUGAAACUGAUUAUCUUCCAGCAAAGACAAGUGAAUCAAGAAAGUUUAAAACUCUUGAAUAAGUUGCAAACCUUGUCAAUUCAGCAGUGUCUACCACACAGGAAAAACUUUCUGCUUCCUCAGAAGUCUUUGAGUCCUCAGCAGUACCAAAAAGGACACACUCUGGCCAUUCUCCAUGAGAUGCUUCAGCAGAUCUUCAGCCUCUUCAGGGCAGAUAUUUCUCUGGAUGGUUGGGAGGAAAACCACAUGGAGAAAUUCCUCAUUCAACUUCAUCAACAGCUAGAAUACCUAGAAGCACUCAUGGGACUGGAAGCAGAGAAGCUAAGUGGUACUUUGGGUAGUGAUAACCUUAGAUUACAAGUUAAAAUGUACUUCUGAAGGAUCCAUGAUUACCUGGAAAACCAGGACUACAGCACCUGUGCCUGGGCCUUUGUCCAAGUAGAAAUCAACCGAUGUCUGUUCUUUGUGUUCAGUCUCACAGAAAAACUGAGCAAACAAGGAAGACCCUUGAACGACAUGAAGCAAGAGCUUACUACAGAGUUUAGAAGCCCAAGGUAGAUGGAGGGACUAGAGGACUUCUCCAGACAUGAUUAUUUCUGUUCUUCAUAGAGUGGUUUCUGGUCCUCGUACCGUGUGGUUGAGUGAAAUCAAAACUUCCACGAUAGCAAUGCUGAUUGGACAAAGAAUGUGUUGUGGACACAAAACCAAACUCUGGAGGACAGAGGAUUCAUUCCAAGGGUCUGCUUGUAUUCAAUGACUGGUCUACGUGAGGGUGUGAAGUCCCCUUACUCCAUCUGUGAAGAGUCAUCCCAGUUUCAGACCACCCUCCCCACCCUCCUGUUAUUGGCUAAGGCCAUUUUGUGACUACACUGCAGGUAGAGAUGGAUUCCCGGAAAUACCUCCUCAAGGCCAGUGUAGAGCCCUCAAUCACCCCCUGCCCCCAGCUUCUCCUUCUCCCAUCUCCUGCACCAAGCAGGUCUCCAGGUGUUCCAGCUGCUGAUGACGUAAAGUGUGGAGUUGGUCCAGGAAGGUCAUGUUCCAUGCAGCAGAGGAGCGCUUUGUGUGAGAAGUUGAAGACCUGCUGUAGCACAUCAUAGAGGAAAGACAUAGCCUGGGCCUUCUGCAACUGGCUGACUUCCACCAUCUCUUGGGGGAAUCUGAAGUCACUUCUGUCCUUUAGACACAAGAAGGGAGAGAUUCUCCUCAUUUGGCCCAGAAGCACCAAGGUGUUCCUGCCUAGCAGGCCAUGGUUCUGAGGCAGGUUGCAUCCUAGAGAUCCAGAAGAGCCACAGCUGCACACCUCUAGGGCUGCCAGUAGAGGGAAGAGGAGGGCCAUUGAGAAAUCAGGAUGCUUUUGGCCUGGUUGAGCUGAGGUCUUCAUAGAACCUUGGAUCCUAGGUUCUAUGAAGACAUUCUAUCUAUGCAUGGCUUUAAUGGAGCACAAAUAGUUUUCAUUUUUCUGAGCAUUUCUCUAAAUUUUUAAUUCCAUUUAUUGUUUUUAUUUACAUGUCUUCUAUAUCAGCAUCCACAACCUUUUGGCCACCAGUUUGGUGGAAGAUAAUUGGGGUCAGGGAGGGAAUGUUUUCAGAGACAUUAGAUUCUCAUUAGGAGACCACAACCUAGAUCCUUCGCAUCUGCACUUCACAAUAGGGUUCCUGCUCUUUUGAGAAUCCAAUGCCACUGCUGAUCUGACAGGAGGCAGAGCUCAGGCGUUAAUGCUUGUUGGUUGGCCUGCUUGCCUCCUGCUGUGCGGCCCUGUUCCUACCAGGCCAGGACCAGUACCCCGGUCCAUGGUUGGGGGUUGAAAAACCUUGUUCUAUAUGACCUAAAAGGAGGUCAUCACUCUACACUCUUGAUUUUUGCAAUGGAAGUUCAAUAUUCCCAGUAAACUUAAGAUAAUAUCAAUCCAAAUGAAUAUUGAUCGAUCAGAUGAGAAACAUCUUUGUGCUACUGUUAGAAGUAUAUACUUUUAGCCCAGAUCCUAGCCUCCAGUUUUACCCUCCAUUUUGCAUAGGAAAUCAGGAUCCCUGGUCCCUAUGGGUUUCUGUAUUCAGUUAGGAAAUUACCUAUCUCUGGAAAUUAAACUUUUUAGGACUAUCUUUGUUUGAUAUUUGAUUCACAGAAGACGUUGAUGGUUAUUAGUGAAAGAACUUCUCUGGUGCUUCCCUCCUUCUAGAAUAUAUUCAUUCAGGUUCAUGUGGUUAUGCUUCCCUGGGGGCUCAAGCUUAGAUCAAUGAACAUUGCCUUUUUUGCAUUAUUUUCUUACUGGAGAAAUAUAGCACUCCUCAGGCUGUGCCAAUACCCCUAAAAGAAAUUCCGUUGGUUUGUUUUUUUUUCUUUUUUAAGGUGCAUAUGGGUGUGGAAAUUUUAAUCUUAAAAUAAUGUUAUUUCCUCAGCAGUGAUGACUCACAAGUUAUUUAUCACAUCAAGUCACUCCCUAAGUGCAGGCUCACCACAUCCUGAUGACUUUAGAACUCCUUUUCCAAGGAGGUUCUUGCUUCUUUGUUGCCAAAACAAUAAAUCCUUUGUGACCUUUGUCCUUGCUCCUAGAAUAUUUGGGUGAAGGAGUAUAUGCUGUCAGUGGUGACCUCCUCUUCUUCUGACCCAUGCCCUAGGUAUCAAAGUCUCAACAGCCCUAGAACGCUGAUAACAAAGGUUUGUUUUGUCUAAGUAGGUAAAGGAAUUAUCCAAUUGUAAUCAUUUUAUCUUCAGUAGUUAAAUAAUUUUUAUUUCACCAAGUACAGCUUUUAUUCUUUCUUUAACUCUUUUGCUAUCUUUAAUUCUUUUAAACUAUUAACAGUUUUUAUGCUUAAAAUUUCUGAGCUAUGCACAGGAGAGUCAAAGAUGCUGCUGCCUCUCUUUAGAGGCUCAUAUUACAGAAACUGGCGACCCUCAGUUGUUCACUAGUUCAGUGUGAUCUGUUGAAGUUUCUUACAUCUCUGUCUACAUGAAACUUUGAUGGUGCAGGGCAGUGAGCCCCAUGCUAUCACAUUAAAUAGUCAUAGCCAUCUUUCCUUUACUGAUUUGUGAUUCUUCAUUUUAAAUUUAAAGCUCAACAACGAAUGAAUUUUUAGAACACCUUUUUAACGUAGUGGUUUACUGGGCAGUUUGUCUUGCUGCUACCACAUUAUAUUCUAAUUCAUGAUGAAGUAACACAAACAAAGGAAAGUAAAAGAAAGGCAAAAGAGCUACACUGCUUUUCUCUAUAAUUUCCAAAAUUCGUGUUUUUCUUGUUUUUCAUUUAAACUUGUAGAAAGUACUACUUGACAGUUGUUUGUAGGGAGAAAGAAAACAGAAGCAAUUCUGAUUGUCAUGAAAUUGAAAUAAGGGGAGUGACUUUCCCCUUACUAACUGCAAAGUGUAAGUUAGCAAACUUCAAUGCAGCAAAAAUUGGGGACUAGAGAGUUUUCGAAGAUCAGCUACUUGACUUUCUUUCACUUAAUCCGCAUGUGAUCAGCUCUGGAGAGAAGGCAGAAGUUACACCAACCAACUCCCAAAAGAUUGACAACCAGGCUGCAGUUGCUAGAACACCAACAAAGCUCUCUGGCAGGGUGUUAGACAUUAAGCUUGUCUGAAGACUAUACCUAGUUAAUAAAUCCACCCAGGCAAUGAUAAGAUAGCCUUGAGGGACCUGGAAUUAAUAGAAAUAGAAUUGGAUGAUCCCAAAAGUUUCUAUUUUAAUCUGGAUGAUGAUAUUAAUAAUAAUACUAAUAUUAAAAAUGAUAACACCAACAUUUAUUGCAUGCCUAAUAGGAACCAUCCACUGUUUUAAGAUUUUCUUUUUUGAGACAGGGUCUUACUGUGUCACCUAGGCUGCAGUACAGUGGUACGAUCACAGUUCACUGCAACCUGACCUUCUGGGCUCAAGCAGUCCUUUUACCUCAGUCUCUUGAGUAACUGGGACCACAAGCAUGCACGACCAUGCUUGGCUAAUUUUUCAAAUUUUUUGUAGAGACAGGGUUUCAACAUGUGCCCAGGCUGGUCUGGUGCUCCUGGGCUCAAGCGAUCAUCCUGCCUCAGUGUUCCAAAGUGCUGGGAUUACAGGCAUCAGCCACCAUGCCAGGCUGCUUUAAGAUAUUUUAAAAAUACUAACUCUGUCUUCUCAAUAACACUAUUUGGAUUACACCCUUUUAUACAACUGUUUGGAGAGAAAUAUAAAUCUGGAGGGAUGAACUAUUCUGACCACACCAAUUGUGCAAGGUGAAAACUUUAGGGAGAAUCAAUAUAAUGGCUUUUCUGGAAGGGUCCUUUAAAGGAAGUGGGGGAUAGAUAUGAACAUAGAAAGUAAAGAAGAGGACAUCAAAUCAAUGGAGCAGGGAGAGUGAGAUGACUAAGAUUCUGAGAUGCAUUUUGAAUGUCAAAUGGUUGCUGUCUAUUGCUUUACAGAGCAACAGGGGGUGUAGUGUAAAUGAAUUGAACUGACUGCCUUAAGUUCAGUGGAAAAGUAGAUGAAAUACAUUCCUUUUUUUUUUUUUUUUUUUGAGACAGAGUCUUGCUUUGUCACCCAGACUGGAGUGCAGUGGCGCAAUUUCAGCUAACUGCAACCUCCACCUCCUGGGUUCAAGUGAUUCUCGUGCCUUAGCCUCUGGAGUAGCUGGGACUAUCAGUGCACACCACUAUGCCCGGCUAAUUUUUGUAUUUCUAGUAAAGACAGGGUUUCACCAUGUUGGCCAGGCUGGUCUUGAACCCCUGGCCCUAAAUGAUCCGCCUGCCUCCGCCUCCCAAAGUGCCAGGAUUACAGAUGUGAGCCUCUGCACCCAGCCAACGAAAUAUCUUUUAAGUAGUAAAAUGAAGUAGAUUUGUCUGCCAAUUAAAAAAAUAAAUCAUAACAUUUAAUUAGUGAUUUCUUCAAAAAUAUACUAAAACAACUCUAUUAACCCGUCAACUGCAAACUCCUGGAAGCCAAUUUAUUUUUUACUCUUGAGUUUUCUUGUGUAUUUAAGAAUAAAGAGAAAACAACUAAUAAUUUCUGGGACAGCACAGCCAUAUGGACUCUGACUUUCUCCUCCUUCAGGACUCACAGGUCAGCCUGCUGCUCUUAUUGCCAAGGAGAAGGAUAUUUCUAUCCCCAGCCCAUUCAGGACUUAAUCUUGUGUACUGAUUGUGUCCAGUGAAGAAUCUCUUCCCCUCUUUCUCUUUCGGUCCAUUGGUUGAGUUGUGAGUGCUGAAAAGAUCAUUCAUAUGACCAAGAUUGUGAUCCCCAGCAAACAUGUAAACUAUAGAAAUCUCAGUUGUCUCCACCAAACAUCUAAACUGUAUAGCAUCUAAGCAGCCUGAGGCUUUCACCAGAUGCCCAGUCUUCCAGCCAGCAGCAUUGUGAGCCAAAUAAACAUUUUUUUCUUUAUAAAUUA